AGUACCAAGUAAUUAAGUCCUAUUUUAUUCUUCAAUUGAUUCUCAGCUCCAUGGCUACUUUAUCUUUCUUGUUUCUUUUUGUCAUCUUGAUGACCCAUUCCGGCACUAAUAGCUUUGUUGAGUCUACUACAAAUAUUACCACCGAUCUAUCUGUUCUUCUAUCUUUGAAAGCUAGUCUCACUUUAAAGGACCAAAACAAUAUUUUGGCCACCAAUUGGUCUACUUCUACUCCCACUCCGAUCUGUCAUUGGAUUGGAGUUACUUGUGGAUCACGACAUCAUAGGGUGGUGGCAUUAGACAUUUCAAAUAUGGGUUUGUCCGGUCAAUUUCCUACAUCCUUGGGAAAUCUCUCCUUUCUGUCUUUCUUGAACAUGAGUCACAAUAACUUGUAUGGUAGCCUAUCCAAAGAUUUGGAACAUCUGCAUCGGUUGAAAGUGUUGGAUUUGAGCUUCAAUCAUCUCACUGGAGAGAUUCCUCGACAAUUUGGGAAUGUUCGUAACUUGAAGGUGAUAAGUGCCCAAAGUAACCACUUUACUGGUACAAUUUCAAACUCAAUUUUCAACAUCUCCACACUCGAACAUAUCAACUUUAUAAAUAAUAGUUUGUCGGGUAUUCUUCCCUCAAACAUAUGCCAUCAGCUUCCAAGUCUCAAAACUCUUGACUUAGAAAUCAAUGGCUUUAGUGGUCCACUACCAGCAAAUUUAUCCGAAUGUUCAAAACUUCGAGUGUUGGGGUUUGCAAUGAAUAAGUUCAAUGGGUCGAUUCCUAGAGAACUUGGCAAGUUGGAGAUGCUUGAGACACUGGCUAUUGGUGGUAACAGAUUAACAGGAAAAAUUCCAGACGAAUUUGGUAACCUUCAUAAUUUGAAGAGAUUGGGCAUGGAAGAUAACCAGAUUAUAGGCUCUAUACCAAUGACCAUUUUCAACAUGUCAUCACUUCAAUUGUUGGUAUUGUGGAACAACAGGCUCAUGGGAUCCAUACCUAGAGUGAUUGGAAAUUUGUCUUCUCUUCAAAUGUUAUUUCUUCAAGAAAACAAUUUCACAGGUACAAUACCUAAAGAAGUGAGCUACCUUUCUAAAUUAGAAAUGGUUGCUUUUCGAGAAAAUAAUCUUGGUGGUUAUAUUCCAGAAGGGUUGUUCAACAUUACUACACUAAGAGAAAUUGAUAUUUCAUUUAAUCAUCUUUUGGGUAGUAUUCCUUCUUCACCUACAUGCUCCACACAAUCCAAUCUUAAAGCACUUUAUCUGCAUGAAAAUAUGCUAAGUGGAGUUAUACCUCUCUCAAUAGGAAAUUGUUCCCAACUCUCAAUGUUAUCUCUUUAUAGCAACCAAUUCAUUGGCUCCAUUCCAAACUCUCUUGGGAAUCUUAUGCUUCUCAAAAUGCUUCUAAUGUUUGAAAACAAACUAGCACUUGCUCCUUCCUCUCCAGAAUUAAGUUUCAUAACUUCUCUGACAAAAUGCAGAAACUUAAAAUCACUAGAUUUGGGUUCGAAUUUUCUGCAUGGCACUCUCCCCCAAUCCAUUGGUAAUCUGUCUUCCAUUCUACAAAACUUUUAUGCAGACAAUUUAGGGUUGUACGGUCCGAUCCCAGAUGAAAUUGGCAAUCUAACUGGCUUAGCAGUUAUAGAAAUGUCCGCUAAUGACUUGAGUGGUGCAAUUCCAAACACGAUACAAAGGUUACAUGGGCUUCAACGUUUGGGACUGAUGGAAAACAAAUUAAGUGGUCAGCUAACUGGGAGUCUUUGUAAGGUGUUGAGUCUAGGAGAAAUUUAUUUGAGCAAAAAUCUACUUUCGGGUCCCAUCCCGGAAUGCUUGGGGAAUGUUACUUCUUUGCGAUAUAUCCACCUUGAUUCUAAUGGAAUGAAUGGUACAAUUCCAUCAAACCUAUGGAACUUGAAAUACCUUUUGAUGCUCAACUUGUCUUCUAAUUUCUUUAGCGGGGCUCUGCCUUUAGAAAUUGGAAAUAUGAAGGUUUUGUAUCUUUUAGAUUUGUCAAACAAUAAGUUCUUUGGCAACAUUCCCAGCACAAUAGGAAGUUUACAAAAUUUGAUAAACUUUUCUUUGGCGCAAAACCAAAUGUUUGGUAAAAUACCCGAGUCAAUGGGUAGGAUGCUAAGCUUGGAAUCACUAGACUUGUCCCAUAACAACCUUAGUGGUCCAAUUCCCAUGUCCUUGCAAGAAAUUAGAUAUCUUCACUAUUUGAAUCUCUCUUUCAAUAGCUUAACGGGUGAGAUUCCAUCAAAUGGUCCUUUUAAAAACUUCACAAGCCUAUCUUUUUUGUUUAAUGAAGCAUUGUGUGGAGAUCAAAGGCUUGAUGUUCCACCAUGCCGGCAAAGAGUAGUUCAAAGGUCUAAAGUGAAAAGAAUGAUUCGAUAUUGUUUCAUGGCUUUGGGAAUUAUGGGUGUUAUGCUUGCUUUGGUCGUGGGAAUUGGGUUGAUUAUAUUUUGGAGAAAAAGGAAGGAUACAAAGAAAGAAGAUGUGUUCCCCAUUAAAGAAGAAGAGAGAAUAUCAUACAAUACACUUUUACAAGCAACAGAUGGGUAUAAUGAAAGGAAUGUGAUUGGUGCUGGGAGUUUUGGCAUUGUAUAUAGGGGAAAUCUUGAUGAUGGAAGAAUUUUGGCCAUAAAGGUAUUUAAUGUGCAAUUGGAAGCUUCAUUCCAAAGCUUUAAUGUUGAAUGCAAGAUAAUGUUCGGCCUUCGCCAUAGAAAUCUUGUUAAAGUGUUAGGCUAUUGCUCAAUUCCAAAUUUUAAAGCCUUGGUCCUUGAGUACAUGCCAAAGGGGAACCUUGAUGAAUGGUUGUAUACCAAAAACCAUUUCUUGGACAUUACUCAAAGACUAAACAUAAUGAUGGAUGUUGCGUAUGCAUUAGAAUAUCUUCAUCACGGUUAUCCAAAGCCUGUGGUUCACUGUGAUUUGAAACCAAGUAAUAUUCUCCUAGAUGAGGACAUGGUUGCUCAUGUUGCCGAUUUUGGAAUUGCAAAGUUGUUGGGCAACGAUGAUAGCAUUGCAUACACAAAGACCCUAGCUACAUUGGGUUACAUUUCUCCAGAGUAUGGAUCAGAAGGCCUAGUGUCAACAAGAUGUGACGUCUACAGUUAUGGUAUCUUGUUGAUGGAAACUUUCACAGGAUCAAAACCUAACAGUGAUAUGUUUUCCGGAAAUGUGAGCCUAAAGAGUUGGGUACAAGAGUCCUUGCCUGACAAGGUAAUUGAUGUAAUUGACUCAAAUUUAAUUGCACAAGAUAAUGAACCCUUGAAUGAAAAAAUCAAGUGUUUGUCAUCUAUCAUGGAAUUGGCUUUGAGAUGUUGUCUAGAAUCUCCGGCGGAGAGGAUUUGCAUGAAAGAAGUGGUUGUAGCUUUACAAAAGAUUAAACAUCAGCUUGUGAAAGUUGUAAUUAAGUGAUUAUUACUUCUUAAUUAGUUACCUUGCAAUUUGGAAAACUGUGUUUCAAUUUUUCUGUU